AUGGCGACCGUGACAAGCGCCCCGUCGGACCUGCCGUUGGAACAGCUCGCUCUCUACCAGGCCUCCGAUCCCUACCUGUCCUCCGUUUUCGUUUUCUACGGUCCCGUCGCGACCGCAAAUGCCACCGUCAGUAGCUCGCGCAUCCAGGCGCAUGUCUUGACCCCCGCCGGCUUCCAGAGCUAUCCGCGCAUCACCGUCUCCCCCGCCGCCCCGUUGUACGCCGCCGUCAACCACCUCCCCCGCGAGAAACAAGGCGAUGAAGUAUGUCGCGGUCUGGCUGUGGGAAUGCUGAAAUAUUUCGCCGACCUGUCGGACCCCGCAAAGGACUGUCUGCAGGCCUUCGCGCGUUCCGGCAAGCCGGGGGGUCAGAUUCCUAAGCUCUUCGACGAGAUGCAUGCCGCCGAUCUGGCAAAUCGCAUGACAAGGGUGGAAUACACGGCCGACAUCGUGCGCGACAUCCGUGGCGCCUUCCAGGAGCGCAAGGUUCCCUGGGUAGAUCUCGAUGUCGUGUUUCCCCCGGGCAUCAUCCAACCACCGCAGCGACCUGGGGAGGACGACCUGGAUGAUCUGGCGGACAUGGAGGACCCUCCCGACACCCAGUAUGGCCAGUAUUCGUUGCUCGUUCAAUCGCUGGGGAAACCUGUGUUCUUGCCGACAUCGCGACUGAAGCGAGCCCCGUCCCAGCCCACGAAGGUCAAUCGAUCCCGUGUCUUCUCGACGAGCCAGAAACAGGCGUUCCGCUUGACGAUGUGUGAGUUUGUGGAUACGGAGGAAAGAUAUGUGAACAAACUAUUUACCCUGGUGCGCAAUGUGGCGGAGGAAUUCCGCAUCAAGGCUCAAGGAAGAGGGUCAUCCAGCACCAGCCCCACCGAAUCAGAUCUGGCCAAGCUGUUCCCCCCAUGUCUGAACGCGAUUCUCGAAGUCAACAUGGGGUUCCUGGAGGUGAUCCGUCUGGUCCUCGAGGAAACAGAGAGGGAGGCGAUCGAGGAUAUGACACGGGACACCGAACUGUCUUCGUCCAUGUCGCAACGCACCCCGUCAAGGGACGACAGAGAGGAUCCGGUUGGUGCAGUGGUAUUAGCCAACGCGCUUCUCGAAUGGUUUCCUCGAUUCUCGGAGCCCUACGCCGAUUACAUGAAUGCUCAUAACAGCUUUACGCAGGUGCUGAAUUCUUUCAUGAAGGAUAAGCAGUCUAGUUUCUCCAAGCGCGUGCAUGACACCGGAGAGCAGAUGCUCCGGUCCUUACUGAUGGAGCCCGUGCAGCGUCUGCCCCGGUACAGUCUCUUGAUUGACACCAUGAUGAAGAGCCUCCCGUUGGUCCAUCCGGCCAUCCGACCUUUUUUGAAAUCCCGGGACGUCAUCAAUGAGAUUUGUGCUCUGGAUGACUCGUCGUCAACGAACCACGACCUCAGUUUUCGCCGACUAAAGGAGUUAGUAGACGGGUGGCCGUCCACGAUACUGCCUUCUAGCCGAUUGAUCACAGCGGUGGAUUUCAAUGAGCUGUCGCCCCCUUACCAUGUGGAUCCACCGUCGUUGGACCCCAACCCUGGCAUCAUGUUGGUUUACAAGAAUUGCCUGGUGUUGCUGGCGAAGGCUGCGGGCAGCAAAAUCAUGGCGCGAGGCUUGCUGGCAGAGCUGGAUAACGCUGCUUCCGCCACCAGUGGCUCCCCGGCAUCGCUGCCCCCCAAUGAAAUCCGAGUCGUGCAGGUGUACGAUCUUCACACCGUACGUUGUACGCAAUCUAGCUGUGGGCGGAUCCUGUUUCUCGCUCCCACGGCCGCCAAAUCGAGGCCCAACCAGAAUACGACGGUGGAUCUUCUAGCGUUAGAGCUGACUUCGACUCACGAGGGCCGCGCCGUUCGCGUCAUCGAAGACAUUGUCAAGGCCAAGAUUGCAGGUCGCUUUACCGAGGCGGAAAGAGAGAAUGGCAAGUGGUCUCUGCGCAGCCCGACAGGUACCGUCGAAAAUCUUGGCAUCUUUGCGUGCGUGUUUGAGGAGGAAGAGAGCAAGGAAGACGGACCGGGGUCGCUGAUGAACAGGGUCGGCAUGUCCAAAAUCCGUGUUGUGUUUGACACCCCCCGAGCCACGAGCAGGACAAUAUUGGAUUCUUCGGAUCUAGAGGUGAUUGUCGGAAUAACCGUGUCGGGUGAAGACCAAUUUCGAGUGGACAUAGACACCAUAGUUGGCACCGCGUCCUCAGAUAUCGUCACGGCGGAUAGUUUCGUGCCCGUUCUCUCCAAGCGUCUCCUGAACGUGCUUUUGCCCUUGCAUGGCCCUCAAAAUCGGACCAUGACUGAGUCUAUCGUUCACUCCAACUUCGAGAUCCUCCGCUAUCUGGCCGGCUAUCUCAUGCCACAGCUGAAGACACCCCGUGGGUUCCGACCUCCUUCCCCGUCCAAAUUACUUUCGAGCCUUCUCGGAGGGAAUCAAUCAAAAGAGACGCACACGUCGAGCUCCAAAACACCCACCUCUGCGACUCUGCUAGGCGAAUUUCCCAAGAUGCCGCCACCCCGUGGUAACAUGUCGCGUUCCAACACCCUGCCCUCUGUCUUUCCGACAAAGGAGGACAAGAAAGAGGAAACCCCAAGCAAGAUUUCCAUGGUUAGCGCAUCGCCCUCGAAAGAGUCGGAAAGCCCAUUUAGCGUGCUUGAACAAGCAUUCGCCGCUUAUGUUCUUGCGUUGCAGUCACGCAGUGGCAACAUCGUUGGCCGUACGCUGCGGGCAAGGGACAAUGUCGACCGCUCCGCCGUCAAUGAGCUCUACAAUGUCUUACUGGAAGACCCGGGCAAAAUUCAGAUGGCGGCCGAGGUGCCCGUUGACACGCUCUUCGUGGCUUUCGAGACCUUCAUGGCAAACGCCUGGCGGGAGCAGAUGGGGCCCGUUCUAGAUCCAUCCUCGAUGAAGCUUCUUCAAAGUCAUUUCGACACCAUGUUCCCCCGGGAUUUUGACGACAAUUUUCGCAGGUUUUUAGCAGAUAUGAGCCCGCAGAACCGCCGUGCAUUAGCCUCCUUGGUGCGAUUACUGGCCGAACUACUCGAUGCCUCUGGCAACGACGGGGACCGAGGGGCUUUGACCGCAGCUUUUGCCGAAGUCCUAACGGUUGAGGGGGACCCGAUGCAACAUAUCUCUCUGCUGGACCGAUUAGUUGAUGACUUCGACAACCUCUUCGACGAAUUUAUCCCCGGAGGUGCCUCGGUGGAGGGGGCCUUGAGCUGCGAUCAGACACUAUCUGUGUCGCAAACUGCCGGGUCCAUGAACUCUAACGCGUCCUCCUUUCGCAAGCGAUUUGGCUUUGGCCUACAUCGAGAAAAUUCCAAGGUGGAAGGAGAGAGCAAGGUCUCGUCGAUCUUGCGGACCCUCAGCAAAAGCAAAAACGCCAACGACUCCGAGGCCAAUACUCCCAGGAACUCUCUGCUGCGUUCGAAAUCAAUCGAUGUAGACACCAGCUUAGCCCAUUUGCUGCGCCCCGGCUCUCGCGAUCGAACGGGCGCCUCCAUCUCCCAGGAAAACAUCCGACGGCCAGGUAGCUCCCAAGAAGAGACCGCAUCGCUGUCCUCGAUCCGAGGCAUAUCAACAAACGGGGUAGUGAAAGUGCGCCGGAAGAGACGGAGCUCUUUGUCGGAUUUGAGACCGGGGACGGCCUCAAGUGAUGCUUCCGGUGUGUCCCCGGGUCAAGCGCAGAGGCCGACGACUCCAGCGUCCUCGUCGAAUCUUGCCCAAGCUGAAGCAAUGACCCCUUCAAAGCAAGAUCGUCCGCAAACCAGCCAUGGUUCCGGAUCCACGGUUCGGAGCACGUCUCCUGCAAAGAGUAGCUCCCCGAUCCGGUUGACCUCCCCGAGCCGGCGAUCUCCCACACGCCCCGUUACCCCCAGUCGAAAAGAAAACAUCGACCCAAAGCUAUCGCAGACAGAACGCUCUCCCAGGAAGAAGGGGGACGCAUCUGUGUCACCGACGGGGGAGCUCAAAAGACGAUCCCGAGCUACCAGCAUACCUUCCUCGAGACAUCCCGGCUUGAAAGAGCGUGCGGUUCCGAUUAACGGGUCUGAUACAAAGCGUCCUUCAAGUUCAUCAUCCCCCCAGAAACCGCAAAAGCUGCGGAUGCAAAGUCCACAAAAGCUUCGAGACCGUCUGCAAAAUGAAAAAAGGAGCCAGGCCACCGCACAGCUUGGGUUGAAAGAUGAACUAGACCUCAUCGGCGAUGAACUACGGGCGCUCAGGCUCGGACCUCGGGCAGAGGAGAGCAACAAAUUACUAGGGGAUCCGCUUUUCCCAGAUGCAAGCGCAGCCCUUCUAUCACGGGUUCAGGAUCUUGAGAGGAAAUUCGAAUCGCUCUCCGGAGAGCUCCAGGGACGCACGACAUCCAUCGAGAAGGACUUGGAGUCAUCCCUGGUGGUCAGCGAGAAGCGAGCCAAAAAGCUUGACGAGCUCUAUCGGGAAGCCAGCGCCGAGAACGAGGCCCUGUAUGAUCGGUUCAACUCGGAGCUGAGCAAGAUCUCCAAAGAGGUGCGGACAGGCAAUGCCGAAGACGCAAUCAAAUCUCAACUGUCGUCCGCACUAGACGAUAUCGGGAGAUUGAAGAAGGAGAAUUUCCGACUCAAGCGAGAAGUCGCCGGCUUACGGGCCCAGCAAGCCGCGGUAGCCCUGCUGAAGGCGAGUGAAUAG